AUGCCACCCACCGUCCAAUACAAGCUUUCCCUGUCGUCAACUCUAUUCGACGAAAAGGAAUUACUGAAAGCUUGCAUGUCCAGAGAAUACUUAAUCAUGAAAAGGAACUCUUUCAUCUACACAUUCAAGUUGACUCAACUUAUUCUUAUGACAUUGAUAACGAUGACAGUAUUUUUACGAACUGAUAUGCCUAAGGAAACAGUAGACGACGGAGGGAUUUUUAUGGGUGCCUUGUUCUUCACCCUCGUGAUGAUAAUGAUCGAUGGGUACUCAGAAAUUUCACUGACUGUCAUGAAACUUCCCGUCUUCUACAAGCAAAGGGACUUUCUCUUUUUUCCUGCUUGGGCAUACGCUUUACCCACAUGGUUCCUCAAGAUCCCAGUACCAUUCGUAGAAGUUGGUGCAUGGGUUUCCCUAACUUAUUAUGUUAUAGGCUUUUCAUAA